AUGGAGUCAGCACAAGCAUUCCUGGAGCAUGUCGAGGACCUCACAGACCUCGAGCUGGCUGUUCUUCUCAGUCUUGUGGCUCAGCACCACUGUAUGGUGGUCACGACCGGGGACCUGCUGGAUGAUCUGGCGUCAGAACUCGCCCUGAUUGUCAGGGAUAUGUUCAAUCUCUCAUACAUAAUUCUCGAUCGGGAUGACCUUCAGUCCAUAAAUGCCUUUGGCGCUGCAAUUCUGGACGAUGAUAACGCUGACGACGAUGGUGCUCUGUAUGAAUCUGACGCCGACGUCGCCAAUCCUGGGAUGCUCAGUCCGAAACUCGCUUCAGUGGACUUCCGCGCUGCGCCGUCCAGUCUUCUCGAGCGGUCGAAACUGGAUACCCGGAAAGUGGUCAAUGUCGUUAUUGCAAAGGACUUCAACUAUGCCCACCAAGACGUCCAGAUCCAAGCCCUUGAUCUUAUUCGAAGACGUAGGGUAUAUAGCCGAACGACUGUCCAUCUUGCGCCGAAAACAUUCCUGUUGCUUCCGCUAGUCACCACCUCUUCCAAGCAUAUCAGACUGAACAAGCACCUUAGCGACCGCAUAUUCAUGUCACACUCUCACUCUGCGGAGGACGGCUUUCCCAACCUAGAAGAGCUCGACGGUGCAGCUAGCUCCGAAGACCAUGGUUCUGGAUAUUCAUACUCUCAUUCACCGAGUGCGAGGCGUCAAGAAACAAUUGCCAGUCGGCGCAUUGACGCAAAGUUGAUCGAGCAGCUUCGAGCCCAGAGUCAAGCUACCACCGUAACACCAGAGAUCCGCCGAUAUCUUCAAGAUGUUGUGGUAUUCCUCCGUAUGGAAAGAGGCGUAGAUGGAGGCAUCUCCCCAUAUGCAACGACACUGUUCCUGGCUUUGGCAAAGUACCUCGCUCCUUUCCAUGGCAUCGACUAUGUGACACCCUCCCUCGUAGCAUUGGCAGCAAAGAAGAUAUAUCCGCAUCGGAUCAUUAUGGCCACAUCAAGUCGUGAACGGAGCACUCAAUAUGGCACAGAUCUCGCUUCUGCCCACGACCUGCUGAAUGAUCUGGACCCAGAAAAGGUGAUACAAAAUGUGCUGGAUACUAUUGAAUGCCCAACGUGA